ACAGAAGCAGUACAAAAACAACAACCCUUGAAUAAUUGUGAUAUGAAAUAUUAUAGGAUUUCAGCCACAAGCUAUAGGACAGGCACAGAUGGGAGGGGAAGCAAUAUGUGCAUCCCCAAAACCUUUGCAGGCAUUGAAAUCAGGGUUAUGCAUGACCACCCUGGUACCAUCAUGAGCUCAGAUGAUCAUGAGCAACUUCCUCAUUUGAUAUUGUGAGACAAACACGUUGGUUCAAUAGUUUUCUCUCUUGCCUUUUUAGAAUUCACUUCUUGAAAUGUAGUUUUGUCCAAACUGGGUUAGGUAUAGAUAAUCAGGCAAAAUUAUUCUUCUUAAGCAACUGGGAAAGGCUUUCAAGCAUUUGUAGCGCACCUUCUGUAGAAGAAUAAUUAGAAAUGACAAGGGGGAAAAAAGCCCCUGAAAUCACAUGUCUGAGGGUGGGUGACUAAGCGUAACUUUCUUCCUCUUAAGUAAAAAUGAUGCAAUACUGUCUUGUAUCCUUCUAUGUGACCUGCUCUCGAAAUGGCUUACAGACAUAGAAACAUGUUCCUGCUUGUUAUGAUUCUCUCCGUUUGUGGAUUUACUGUGGCAGAAGACAGACACCUGCUUUGCAGUUCAGACGACGUAGACAUUUUAUAUUCCAACUGCAGUAGAGGCCUUCCAACAAAAGACUUCUCCUUUACAGUAGAGCCGUGUACACUAAAGGGUAAUAGAAAAUGGCGGGGAACUCUUUUCUGGAUUCCAAGGGCUGAUUUAACCAUUUUGAGAGCACACGUAAACAUAUGGUCUAAAGGAUUUGAAUCCGUAAAAUGGAAAGGUACCCUUUGCGAAGGUGUGGAUGAUGGCUAUACAUUUUGUGGAGCUCUGAAGGGAGAGACAAUAAACACAACUGUGAGAAUCAGUGGUAGACAGCCAACCUAUGAAGAGGGAGAAUACACAAUUGUUGUAAAAGCAUUCGCUGGUCAUCACACGGAGCUGAUAGCUUGCCUGAAUUACACAAUCAUCAUUAAACAGCCACUUUCAAACUAAAGAAGUUCUUCUCAACCAUUUCACAGCACAAGAGCUAUUUUCCAGAGAGAAGUGGAAUCAAAUCUAGUCACAGAAAUAAUCAGCUGAAAGGUUCUGGUUUUCCAGGACUGUUGUCUGAAAAAUUAGAAGAUGAAAGCAAAUGUUCAUUUCUAUCACUGCUGUUGCUAAAGGCUGGUUCUGUGUGUGUGACAUUUACACAUAUGCACACACACCAUAUGAGUACACACAUCUGUGUACUCCUUGAGCAGCAACUGGUUGCUUUCAUAAUUUACUGAACAUUUUUGGUAUCUGAUUAAAAGUACUGCCGUGACUGCC